CUGGUUCAUACACACCUCUCCCGUCCCCCACACCUGCCUGUGACCAUGAGUCACAGACCUACCCGCCCUCCUGUCUGGAAGAAGACAAGGAAGUAAUCUCAGAGCAAGGCCACAGUCACGGAGGAAUGGAUCCCAGACAGCGGGCUGAGAACUGGAGAGAGGAGUUAAUUUGUGCGGUCUGCCUCGAACUGUUUGUGGAUCCAGUGACUCUGGAAUGUGGCCACAGCUAUUGCCGGUCCUGCAUUACAGGCUGCUGGGAAGUGCAGGAGUCAAACUUCUGCCCCGAGUGUCUGGAGGUGUUCUCAGGGAUAAACCUCAAGUCCAACCGGGCUCUUGCCAACUUGGCCGGGAGAGCAAGGCAGCUGAACAGGAACCGGAGGCCGAAGACCGAGAAACUGUACUGCGAGCUGCACCAGGAAGAACUGAAGCUGUUGUGCGAAACCGACAAAAAACUCAUCUGCGGCAUCUGUCGGGACGGGAGGGAGCACAGAUAUCACACCUUCAUCCCCCUCAAUGAGGCUGUCGAGAUUUAUAAGGAUCAGCUGAAAUUAUCUUUGGACUUGGCCGCCAAAAGGAAGGCUGCGGUGCUCAAGGCUAAAUUCAACCAGGAGCAGAAGAUCUCCCAGGUCAAGGAGCAGUCACGCAAUCUGCAAGCCCACAUCAAAUAUGAGUUCGCCAAGAUGCACCGGGUCCUGGGUGAGCUGGAGCAGCGUCUCGACGGAGAUCUCCGUGAGUGGGAAGGGAGGAUUCUGGAGGUGAUGCAAGGAAACCUGCGGGAGAUUCAAGAUGCCCUGGACUCCGCCGAGCGGGUUCUGGCUCAGUUUCAGGCGCGACUCGAUCGGCCAGACGUAUUGACCCUUCUCAAGGAGGAAGGCUCCUGGAAUGCCAAAUUUAGUGACAAUUCGAUGGCUUUGGUAGACACGGAUCUCCCUCUGGGAUUAUUCAAAGGCCCCUUGCAGUAUUUUGCCUGGAGAGAAAUGCUGGACAGGAUCAACCCAGUACCAGCCUCUCUGACCUUGAACCCAAAAACCGCCAACCCCUGGCUGGUCCUAUCCGAGGACCUGUCCGGUGUGAGGAUGGGGGACCGGCGGCGAGACGUUGUGGACCUGCCGCAGAGGUUCGACCGGUGCGCCUGUGUGCUGGGGUCCGAGGGAUUCACAUCGGGGAGGCACUACUGGGAGGUGGAGGUGGCCGGCAAGACCGAGUGGGACCUGGGUGUGGCUAAAAAGUCCUGCAACAGGAAGGGGCGGAUCAGGCGGAUGCCCGAGGACGGCUACUGGAGAUUGAGCCUCCGCGGUGGGGACGGAUACACAGCCUUCACCUCGCCGCCCACCCGCCUGAGCAUCAUUCCGAGCCCCAGGAGGAUUGGAGUGUACCUGGACUACGAGGGGGGGCAAGUCUCCUUUUACAGUGCAGACAGCAUGUCCCACCUCCACACUUUCACCGAAACUUUCACCGAGAAAGUCUACCCGUACUUCUGCCCCUGUUUGACCGACGGGGGGAAGAAUUCGGCGCUAAUGAAAGUCUGCGGGGUUAGCCCCCACUGUCUGACAUCACCUAGCCAGACUCCAAGCUCCAGCUCAGUGGACCCUUGAGCAGAGUGCACUGCCUUGCUUCAGUUCUGGCAUUUGAUGGCAUAGCCAAUGUUGAGUUGGAGCCUG